CGUCGCCGGCGGUGGAGGUGGCGGAGGCGGGGGCAGCGGCGGCGGCGGCGGCGGAGGCGCCUCUGCAGCUCCGGCUCCCCCUGGCCUCCCGGGAACUACAAGUCCCAGGGGGCCUGGCGGCGGCCGAAGGCCGGAAGAGGCGGGGUCAGCACCGCGAGGCAGGAAGUGGCCGUGGAGACGGAAGUGGCGCGGUCGCGGAGGGGCUUGGAGCGCGGCGGCGGGACCCGGAGCGGCUGCGGCUGCUGCUGCAGCUGGGAGUGGCGGCGGCGGCGCGCUGGAAGCGGCCAUGGCAAAGCAGUACGACUCGGUGGAGUGCCCCUUUUGUGAUGAGGUGACCAAAUAUGAGAAGCUUGCCAAGAUCGGUCAAGGCACCUUCGGGGAGGUGUUUAAGGCCAAGCACCGUAAGACCGGCCAGAAAGUGGCUUUGAAGAAGGUGCUGAUGGAGAACGAGAAGGAGGGGUUCCCCAUCACAGCCUUGCGGGAGAUCAAGAUCCUUCAGCUUCUCAAACAUGAGAACGUGGUCAACUUGAUUGAGAUUUGUCGAACCAAAGCCUCCCCGUACAACCGCUGCAAGGGCAGCAUAUACCUGGUGUUCGACUUCUGUGAGCACGACCUCGCUGGCCUGCUGAGCAACGUCCUGGUCAAGUUCACGCUGUCCGAGAUCAAGAGGGUCAUGCAGAUGUUGCUCAACGGCCUCUACUACAUCCACAGGAACAAGAUCCUGCACAGGGACAUGAAGGCCGCCAACGUGCUCAUCACUCGGGACGGGGUCCUGAAGCUGGCUGACUUUGGGCUGGCCCGGGCCUUCAGCCUGGCCAAGAACAGCCAGCCCAACCGCUACACCAACCGCGUGGUGACGCUCUGGUACCGGCCCCCGGAGCUGCUGCUCGGGGAGCGGGACUACGGUCCGCCCAUUGACCUGUGGGGCGCAGGGUGCAUCAUGGCCGAGAUGUGGACCCGAAGCCCCAUCAUGCAGGGCAACACAGAACAGCACCAGCUUGCCCUCAUCAGCCAGCUCUGCGGCUCCAUCACCCCAGAGGUGUGGCCGAACGUGGACAAGUACGAGUUGUUUGAGAAGCUGGAGCUAGUCAAGGGCCAGAAGCGGAAGGUGAAAGACAGGCUGAAGGCCUAUGUGCGCGACCCCUACGCGCUGGACCUCAUCGACAAGCUGCUGGUCCUGGACCCCGCACAGCGCAUUGACAGCGACGACGCCCUCAACCACGACUUCUUCUGGUCUGACCCCAUGCCCUCGGACCUCAAGGGCAUGCUGUCCACCCACCUGACAUCCAUGUUUGAGUACCUGGCGCCGCCACGCCGGAAGGGCAGCCAGAUCACACAGCAGACCACCAACCAGAGCCGCAACCCGGCUACCACCAACCAGACGGAGUUCGAGCGCGUCUUCUGAUGGCUGGGCCACUCGGUCUUAGUGCUGUCCUUUUACGUUUUCUUCUGCUAUGUGACUUGCAUUGUGGAGACUGUAGGGGGAUUCAGUUCUUUUCCACAUUUUUAUUUAAUCCCUUUCUGGGCACCAAAAGCAGCCAGCCGAGCAGACUGCAGCAGCACCCGGCUGGGGCCCAGGAGGGCACAAGUGCAGUGCCCUGUCCCUGGGUUUCUGGAUGGUGCCUGGGGGCCUCCACCUUAGGGCAAGAAGUGGGGCUGGAGAGGGUCAUGGAGCAGUGACUUCCUAAGAGCCCUGGUGCAGCAGGAGCAGGGGUCAGGCCCCUCCCUGGGACGCUGAGCUGUAGGAGGGCAGCAGAGCUGCCCUGGGGACCUUCAGCCUGUGGCCUGGGCCUCAGCAGCCCCAGGGCCAGCAAGAACUCUUGGUUUCUUCAGUAGGAGAAUUUUAUCGUGUUUUUUGCCUCAGUUAUUCAGAGACAUUCCUGGAUGAACUUUGAUCAGUUAAAAUUAAAACUUGACUUUUUUGC